AUGUUUCCUUAUCCGAGUGGGAGUGGAUUACACGUGGGACAUAUUCGGAAUUAUACGAUUGCCGACGCCUUGGCCCGUUUUUAUCGUUUUCAAGGAUAUAACGUGCUAAUGCCAAUUGGUUGGGAUGCUUUUGGCUUGCCAGCCGAGCAAUACGCGAUACAAACCGGCAAUCACCCCGCAACUUUUACGCAGGAUAAUAUCAAAAAAUUUAAAGAACAAUUACUAAAAAUGGGAUUAGCCGAAUAUAAAGAAAUCCCUGUCUAUUGGUGUGAAAAAUUAGGGACAGUGCUCGCCAAUGAGGAAAUAAAAACUAUUGAGGGGGAAAAAGUUUCGGAACGAGGAAAUUUUCCAGUU